GAGUGAAGAGUCGACUCAGAGUUUAAGGGGUGAAUUUUGUCCCGGUUGAUCCAGCGAUUUAAACGGGUGCCUCGUUACAACAACACGGAGCGCUUUGUGUGUUAGUCUAUACUGCAGGAUCAGUCAAGAUGAAGAUCAUCUGCUAUUAGAAACCGGUGUUUAUAACGAUCCGUUUAUCAGCACGCGCCCAUCAGGAGAAUCUAAAGCGUUAAUGUAGCCGGUGAUGAAGCAGCGGAUAAUGACGCAGCGUCCGGAGCUCACAGCACGAGCAGGACGCUGAAUACUGCGGGGGAAACUGGAUUCAUCCUCACAGGAUGUUUUCUUUCUGUCGAGAUGACCUCUUCAGCUUUUUCUAUCACACUCCUCACUCCCAGCGACCUCGAGUCGGGAUCGGGCGUGUAAAUUAAACUUUUCUCCAGCAUCUUCAAGCCUUGAUCUUUUUCCCUCUCAUCCUACUUUCCAGAGACGAUGGACAGUCCUCCGAAGCUGGCCGGAGAGACACUGAUUGUUCAUCACAUACCUCUAAUGCACUGCCAGGUUUCUGGUUCACACCAGCGCUGCGGAAGCCCACUGAGGAAAAGCAACAACCCGUUCAGCUGCCCCGAAAACCUCGGCUUGAUCCGCACCACUUCGCUUCCCGAGCGAGACGUCCUCCAGCGUGAGGCGCUGGUGUACAGCAGCCUGAUCCAGACCUCCAGCUCCAGCGAUGCUUUUGAAGACGAAGGGAUGAUAAGAGGAGAGAAAAAAGGAGUGAGGGGUGGAAGCAUGGCCAGUGAUACUUCCUCUUUCACAUCCAGCAAUUCCGAGGAUGCAUUUCCUAAAGUCCUGUCAAAGCAGGUGCACAACAGGCCAAGCUCACUCAGACACAAUCCCUUCCUUCUGAAUGCGGGGGGAGUUGAUUAUGAAGAUGAUGAAGAUGACGAUGAUGGAAACAAUCUGAAUGGAUAUUUGGAGGAUUCUUCCUUUCACUUGCAUGGAAACUCAAACACAGCCUUAGACGACAGAGUGGACUUGGCCUCGUUCCAUCUGCAUGAGCUGGGCUACAAUUCUGGACCAUUCCACCUGCAUGAAUCUUUAGAGAAGCCCUGGAGUUCAGACCAGAAGGGGGCUCCUGGUCGACAUUUUUCUGCCCGUCUUGAGAGUCUUGAUCUUUUGGGAUUCGACAUUCAGCAUCGUCAUGGCAGCAGCGGGUCCACCUUGUCGAUGGACUGUGGAGAGCAAGAGUGGGAUGACGAUGAUGACGAUCAGUCCAUGCAAGGCAGACGGGGCAGUUCGGAAUGUUGUGGAUGCUCAAGGACUUAUCCCGAAUCGUUUGCAGAUUUUGCUCACGGUUACUGCAGUGAUUCAUCCUGCAACAGCUCUGACGGAGUCCUGGUCAAUUUCAGUACCAUCUACAAGACAAACAACAUCGUCCCUGACAAGCCAAUUAACCUCAACAACUCUGCCGAUCAGUCCUGCACCUCUUCUGUAUCUGAGCCAGUCUGUAUGGGCGGGGCAGAAUAUGGGAGUGGGGGUGGAGCUUUUUACUUAGACUUGCACAGAUCUCCAACAGAAGCUCCUCAGGAAGCCCCUGGCAUCCUGUCUUCCUCUUCCUGCCUAUGUUCUUCCCAGCCACAGGAUGGCACAGUGGAGCUUGAUGCUAACUGCAAUUCCUAUCACAACCAUGAAGGUCUGUUACCCUCAGAGACCUCGGCCAGUGACCUCACGUCCUGCAUGCAGAGCCAAGCACGGCUGGUUGUUGCAACACAGAACUACUACAAGCUGGUAACCUGUGAUGUUUCAUCACAUUCCUCUCCAAGUCCUGCAGGAUCUUCGGUCACAAGCUGCUCUGAUGAACACAGCAAAGGAAGUCCCACCCAGCCCACUGAGUACUUCCUGUUUAGGCACACUAAAGAGCAAGAAGAGGAGGAAGAACAAGGAGAAAAUGCACAGGUCAGCACACAAAAGCCAUGUGAGAAGCAGACAGAGCCACCCAUGUGUGACACUGACUCCAUGCACUCAAAUGUAAUUGAGGGACAAUUGUAUGUCAACGUCUCACCACCUGUGGGUGGAGCUGUAGUCGGGGCCCGCCUUCGUUCCCGUAGCUAUGACCGGAACCUGGACAAGACCCCACAGCCUCGUCUUGGCUCUCUGGAGCGCAUGCUAAGCUGUCCUGUGCGUCUCAGUGAGAGUUCCACCCCUGGACCGACCCCCCCAACACGUGUUACGUCCUUUGCUGAGAUUGCAAGGAACAAAAAGAAGAAUGGCGGAUCUCCUUCUCAGAAGAGCAGUGCCGAAACCUCUUCUGUUCACUCACAUUCAUCUGGAGAGUUCUCCCCUAUUCUUGAAGAUCUGUCCUCACUGAUCAGCUCCACGCACUGGAGCACACCAAUCAGAGUCUCUCCAGGAGGAGCAGGAAGAGAGACGAGGACCAAAGCAGAAGGUGGACUGUCCAUUUCUGCUGACUCCUCCCCAACAGUAGUGCGCUACAGUAAAGAUCAGCGUCCCACCACGUUACCCAUCCAGCCUUUCACCCUGCAGCAGCAGUUUGGGAAACCCCAGGCAAAGCCUGUACUGCCCCUGCUGGACGAGUACAUCAAUCACAUGCAGGCACGCCUCGGCUCCGCCCCCUCUGAGAGGGAGGAGGAGGACUCUGAUGAUGAUGGUCAGCGUCCCCGACCAUCUCCUUUGGGUAGUUAUUCGCCGCCCCGUUCCCUCUCCUGCCCUGCCCCUCUCUCUCACACCCCUCCAGGGGUCACUCAAGCCACCAAGCUGGCCCCACUUCCCCCGACUCCUCCCCCUGCCACCAGGGGGCACUGUUUCCACAGAGCUAACCGGAGUACAUUACCCACGCUGCCCAGCUCCGGCCUUAGUCCGAUGGCACAGCUGGAACCAGGGCUGCAGGAAGAGGAAGUGAAAGUACCUCCUGUGUGUAUGACACCAAGACCGCACAAUGGUCAGUCAUUAAGGUGUUACAGUGACCUGCUGCCAGAUUAUUUCUCUCAGACGGAGCGCCCCCCAGAGGAGUUCUGCCUCUCGCCUGAUGCCUCCACUGAAGAGUCUAUCUCCAUCGACCUGCAUCAGAAAAGAGGUCUGGUGAAGGCCAUAAACACAGCAGUGGAUCUGAUAGUGGCUCAUUUCGGCACCAGUCGGGAUGCAGGAGUAAAGGCAAAGUUGGGCAACAGCUCAGUGAGUCCCAACGUGGCUCACCUGAUCCUGAAGUACCUGUGUCCUGCUGUGUGUGACGUGCUACAAGAUGGCCUGCGAGCAUACACACUCGACAUCAUCAUUGGUCAGCGGCGUAAUCAACCAUGGAGCGUAGUGGAGGCCUCAACACAGCUCGGUCCCUCAACACGUGUAUUACACAGCCUGUUCCUCAAAGUCAGUCAGUAUUCAGAGCUGACCAGUCACAGCAUGAGACUUAACGCCUUCAUCAUCGGACUCUUAAACUUGCAGUCUCUGGAGUUCUGGUUUAAUCAUAUAUACACACAUGAAGACAUCAUAGCGGCCCACUACCACCCAUGGGGUUUCCUUCCCCUUUCUCAAGGGGCAUGUCAGCCAAUGUUUGAGGAGUUGAUGCUCCUACUUCAGCCUUUGUCACUCCUGCCUUUUGACCUCGACCUUCUGUUUGAACCUCAUCAGCUGCAAAAAGGCCAAGAGCACAUGAGGCACAAAGAACAGCUCUGUUCCACCCGACAGGGCCUCGACCAAUCAGCUCGCUCCACAUUCCAGCUCAUGAGGGGCCCCACAGCUCCUUUACUGAUAAAAGAGGAGGCAGGGUCUAACCAAAAAGGGAUGGAGCUUCACAGAGGAAGGUUUAUGUUAAGACGUGAGGGAACCUGGCCUCGGAUGGAUGGGGCGGAAUCUAAAAAACAAGUGCGGAGGGUGCCGAGGAGUGACAGGGCAGGCAGUGAAUCAGAGAGUGAAGGGAUGGUUUUGCACUCAGCUAGGAUGAAUGGAGUGGGCAAGGAGGAUGAAGAGAGGGAGAGGAGGAGGGAGCGAGAAAGAGAGAAAGACGGAGAAAAAGACAGGGUAAGGAGCAAGCAGGCAGGCUGGUGGUUCCAGCUCAUGCAGAGUUCCCAGGUCUACAUCGAGAACUCUGCUGAGGGAUCCAAGUUCGUCAAGUGGGAGAGGCGCAAGAAAGGAAGUGGGGCUGAUGGGCGGAGACAAAUGAUCCCACCCCCAAGAGUGGGCGUGGUUGAAGGAGCAGAGGCCCAUCAUGUGACAGAUAAAAACCCAGAAACCACAGUGUGCAACGACACGUGUCGUAAUGCCAGCACCGGAACCUUCCCUCAGUCAAAACCGUCCAAAGUGAUUAAAGGGAAGUUAUCUUGGAUGGGAAGUCCACCAGAGUCUGUGCUGAGUGAGCUGAAGAGGACAAACGAGACACAGCCUGAGGGGGCAGAAGCUGAAAUGCAAACAGCUCAAAAUCUACGCUGGGGGCGACUGUUUGGAGCCGGUACCAUCAGUAAAACAGAGAAAACAGAACCCAAAUCAUCCAAGAACUCGAAAAGCAGGUUGCCGUCAGGUUGGCUGAGUCUGGACCGGGCUGUGUUGGACUUAGUGGUGCAAUCUGUUGGGAAAAGGGCGGAGCCUCAGUCACUAAACACACACAGUGAUGACACACAACACAGUCAGGCACAGCAGGACCAAACACAAGAGCUCCACAUACAGACAACAGCUGCACGUGAGGUGAGGGCAUUGUGUCACCACAUCGCCACGGAAGCAGGUCACCUGAGCUUCCAUAAGGGCGACGUGCUGCAGGUCCUCAGCAGAGCGGACUCUGAUUGGUUGCUGUGUGCCCUUGGCAACGUCCAUGGCCUGGUGCCUAUUAUCUAUGUUACUUUAAACGAUGUGGAGGUUGAAGAUCCUCGAGGGCCACAGUGAACACACACACACACAAAAGUACACACAGUCUGAGAUGUGCACCUUCUUUCAUUUGAUUUUGUGCUUGAGGAGUAAAUCUGAUAAAGGGACAGUUUAAACAAACAUAGCUAAUGCUAAUAUUAAUCUUAAACAAACAUGGGUAUCAUCAUAUUUAUUGCCUGCUGUAAGAUAACAUUUGCCAUGCAAGAGAAACACAAACAGAAAAAAGCCAAAUCAGUGUGUGUCAUGCAACUUUUAAAAAAAAACCAAGAAGAUCAUGCUAGGCGCUAAUGCUACCCUUCGUUAUUAGCUAUAUUAGCAUUGUCAAGACACAUGCAGACUUGUUGCUGAAACUAGUAGCCCUCCCUCUCUCUUUCUCUCUCUCUCUCUCUCUCUCUGAGAGCUUUAAUAUGGUAUUUCUGUGUGAUUUUUUUAAUGCACAUUUAAGACAUGAUUAGAAAAUUUUGCAACUCAACAAACUUGCAAAAAACUCAACUUUGACAUCACAGCCUGGUCUCAUGAACAUGUCUAACAGCGACAGUGUUGCUCUCUAUGCCUGUAGGACUGUAUGUUUUUAUAGAAACCUGUACCAUUUUGUGUCAAUUUAUGGUCUGACAUCAUGUCCGUAACCCAUCCAGAAGCAAUGCAGCUGUCAGCUGUCAUAAGUGGUUAUAACUAGGGCCAGAGUGAUAUGAUUAUUAGGAUGAAAUGUGGCUGAUAUAAUCUGUUUCUGAAAGUUAAACAAGCAGCCUGUUUGCUGACUGCUCAAAAAAAAAGUCCAGUUAGAUUCCUUCAUCUAAAUCCUUAAAAACUAAAGCAAAGGUUCAUAAAGCAAAGGAUUUGCUAGAAACCAGAAGAAAUGCUGUUUAAUGUCUUUUUCAGUCCUCAGUUCAUUCUGCUGAUACACACGGAUUAAGGAGACGCUGCUUUACGACAGCCUUAACGACUUCCUGCUCUGGUGCUAGUUAGAACAAUCAUACUUAUUCAACCUAAAGCUUAGCGUGCAGUCAUUUACAGUGUCAUGUCACUGAGUGUGGGCGUGUAGUGACCAAAUGAUGGUGGCCCUGUUUGACGAACAGAUCCUUCAUGACGUCAUCUUUUUUUCUUUUUUUUUUUUAUAAAUGUAAAAAAAAAGUUUUGUGUUGAUCUGUCAUGGUUCUUUAGGUAACCCUUAGCUCCAGCAUUGAUGUCUCUUGGAGUUACAGUAGCUUAUUUACUGCAUUAUUACAUUUAAUGCUUCAUUUUAUACAACGAUAGCAGCUAACUAUCAAGCCACUAAGCUGUUUGUUUCCUUCAGCAACAGCCUCAUAGGAAUGCUAGCUUUAGCAAAUAAACACAUUGCUGUUUGUUUAUUGUUUUUUAAAAAGAAAGUUUAACCUGGUUUCCUGUAAUGUGGCAUUGAUGUGAGCAGUACAGUGAAGUGUGUGGGUGCUUUUAGAGAUGUCAGGGUGGAGCAGGAAACACUGCACCACCUGUAUUACUGAAUACACAUGAAGAUAAACACAAACACUUUUUCCUUAACAAUUAGUAUCAACUUACUGCUGUUCUGAACAAUCAGAAGCCUUUCAGCAGGACUGAGGGACAGACACUCGAGUUACACGACUUCAUUCGCUCCACCAAUAGACGGCUUCAUCUGCUGGAGGAGGGAAAGGAGAAAGCUGGCACUAGCUUUAGUCUUGGCAUUAACAUUAGCUGCUUAACCAACACUAUGGGUUUGUUUAUUUUGAGUCAUUAUUUAUGAUGCAUUUUAGCUAGACAUGUGGCGAUAUUCAGCUGCAGGAGGUCACACACAUUCAGGACCAGAGAUGAAUCGGUCGUAAUAAGAGCCCCAGGGUCGAUCCGAAGAGGGGUCUCACUCUGAGACAAAACAAUCCUGUAAUUCUUUUUACUGGACAACAAGAGCUGUGUUCACAAGAGCUGUGUUCACAAGAGAUGUGUUCACAAGAGAUGUGUUCACAAGAGCUGUGUUCACAAGAGCUGUGUAGAAAACACAGAGUACAGAAUUGAACCAGAUCUGUUGUUUUUAAAUACUGAACAAAAGUUACAUAUCGGCACAUGUCUACUCUUUUCCAGGGAUUUAUAAAGUCUCUGAACAUUUUCCAAGAAUGACAGACUUACUAAUAGGCAAGUGAAAGAAAAUCAUAGUAAUGGAGUUUAUCACAGAAAUGUAUUUAUUAUUAACUUGUACUGUUGUUCUGCUGUAAAGCAUCACUGUAACUUCACUAGAUCUAAAAAUGACGAAGGAACAGGGAACUCAGAUGAAGGGACAUUCUAACUGUGUUAAACAGGAAGUGGCAGUCGAUUAUCUACUGAGUAUUUAUGAAGUGGUUUAGGGAGAGUUUAGGGGAAAAGGCAGGUUUUGGUGUGUUAUGCAUGUGGCAGGAAUCUGAGGUGUACAGUAGGAUGGGGCCAUAAAAAUAUCACAUCACCGUUCUACGGUCCAGGAUAUGUAUCACAGUGCAACAGAGAAACUGAUCACUACUGAAAAAAAAGUAGAAUAAAAUGCCAUUUUAUUAUUUUAAACCUUUGACAUUAAAUUAGCUUAUGAAUGAAAUAACAUUAGAAUCUCCUCAGACUUUGUAUCCUAAUCACAGAUUCGACUGAUAUUGUGAAAAUGUAAAAUCACAAAAUGGCCACUGCUUUACAGCCUCUGUUCACUGUAGAUUUUUUUUUAAUUUUAUUUAAUUCUAAACUUGUCCUUUAAAAGGGAUUUACUGCUGUAGCUUUGGGAAAUGUGCCAUUAUUCUAACAGUCUGCCUUUUUAUUUAGUGUUAUAUUGCACAUUCAUUUAUUUAUUUCUUCACUUGCCUGAAAGUGAACCUGAGUCAUAAGAGAAUAAUUAUAUUGAUUUGUUUUUACAGAUUACAACAUCAUCUUUGGUUGACCAUGUCACGUUAUAAAUUGAGGUUUUUUUUUUAUCAUUUUAUAUUAUUUUCUAAUACAGAAAAUGCAUUUUACUCAUGUAUUUAUUCAGUCACGCCUGUAAAUAUGUGACAUUUUGGGAAGAAUAUGCUAAUGUUCUUUGAAAUUGUUAUUAACAAAAGUUACUUGAUGUAAUUAACAUGUAAUAACACGUAUAUUUCAAUAGGCUGUACAGAAUACCACUGUCAUAUGGGCCGUUAGAGGAAAGUUUAGUUUUGCUCUGCAUUAUGUUUGUCACUUUCAAUCUUCUCUGUCACCUAAACACACUCAGAGAGAGAGAGAAAGAGAGAGAGAGAGGUUGAAAUUAGACUAGUGCCUUUUUUUAUCACAGUAAAUGUAUUUGUAGGGACAGACACAAGCCUUGUGAUGGUACCAAAGCAGUAAAAUAUAAAAUCACAGUAAAUCAACCUUGAAAAAUAAAAAAGUAAAUUGAAUACAUUUUCUACGUUGUUUUGCUAAACUACUUAACGUGACCAGGCCCAGGUCUGAAGAGUUUUGAGUCACUAGACCAUGAGUGUUUUUUAUCUAAAGCAGCCUGGUCCUGCUAUUAGUGUGCAUUUACUGUUUGACACAAAAAACAUACCAAUGCUACAAAGAUCCCAAUGCUACAGUACAUAUGCCCAUAGAAAACAUAACAAAAAGACAUAAUGAGGAUAAAACCUGACAAUCCCGAUGAUGUCAGCUUGAGUCAACAGCAUAACCAUCAUUAGGUUCUACUGUCUCUACUGUGAUUUAUCAAUCUGAUUCAAACCUGUCUAAUGUUAGAGCUGAGGGCCGACCCUGAGCAGCCAGCUAAAGAUCUAGAGCCCAAACACAAAGGAGUGUACCGUUACAAUGGAUUGGACAAAUACUUAAAGAUACAUUUAGAUAAAAUUUAGGAAGUUUCUCUGUAGUUCAGCUCAGAAGAUGGAGAAAAUCCUGGUGAAAGAACAAGAAUGUAAACACAAGUGUUUUUGUAGCUCAUCAGAUCUGGGUUUGCGAGUGAAGUUUAUUUCUCUCUCUCUCUGUUUGGCUUGUUCUCUCUCUCAGCGCUGUUCCUCACAUGGGGUUAACCUGCUAGCAAGCUGUACAAUGAGGAAAACACAUUUAACAUUAUUCACGUUGUUGAUGACUGUAAAGUGAAAUCCUCAAAAAUAAUAAAAAGCUGUUUUAUUUGUUGAUUGGUUAAACAACCAGUACCUUAUAAAGGCCUGAUGUAAGGAACGAGGCUCCCUCUUUCCCCUCAUCCUCCUGUAUGAUGUGUAUGACCUCAACCCCAACCCUGUAUGAAGAUCAAUAACAAAGUGCUCAUGUGACCCACCCUCA